GGUCGUUUCGAUGUUCAGUCGAAGCGCAAGUUGUGGGUCGAAUCAGCUGACGUAUUUCGAAGCUGCCGACGGUCUAGUGCGCAAAUGCACACACGCAGUGAUUCUGAUUAUUGAGUUAAAAUGGCAGAGCCAACAGGAGAUGCAGAAUCAAAAUUAAUUUCAUCACUUAAAGAAUCCAUGAUGUUAUCUCCUGAGAAGGAUCUAAACUUGGAAAAAGAAGAUAAUCAAAUAAAAUCAUGGCCAUACAUGACAUUUGGUACUUUAAUUAAAUCAUUGUUCACAAAAGCAAUAACUGUUGGAAUAAUCUGGGGAGUUGGCUACAUGAACUGGAAUUUUGCUUGGCUUAUUCCUCCUAUUGCAUUUAUUGUAUUAAGAGGAGAAAGAAAAAAGGAUGCUCAAAUGAAAAGAUUAACUGCUCAAGCUACUGCACUAGCCAAAGAUAAAAUCAUCAUUGAGAAUCGCAUUGAUGAGCUACCGGUGUGGGUUUAUUUCCCAGACUACGAUAGAGCAGAAUGGCUAAAUGGGGUUUUAUAUAAAGCAUGGCCAAUGAUUAAUAAAUAUGCUCAUAACUUGGUUAAAAGUAAUAUUCAAGAAACAAUUGCUCAAACUGUAUCCAAAUACCAAAAGAAAAUGCCAGGGCUUGGUAAAGACUUCACUUUUGACAGAGUGGUCUUGGGAAGAAUACCUCCAAAAAUCAAUGGUGUCAAAGUUUAUGACAAGCACACUUCAAGAAAUGAAAUUAUACUAGAUAUGGAUAUCAUGUACGCUGGAGAUUGUGAUAUUGCAUUUACUAUGGGAUCAGUUAGAGGAGGAAUCAAAGAUUUUCAAUUAAGAGGUAUGCUCCGUAUAGUGUUGAAACCACUUAUUCCUAUCAUACCUAUUGUCGGAGGUGUCCAGGCAUUCUUUUUGAACUGUCCUCUUUUAGAUUUCAAUUUGGUUGGAAUAGCUGAUGUACUUGACUUACCUGGAUUUAACGACGUGAUGAGAAAAAUAGUCGCUGAAAACGUAGCUGCAAUAGCUGUACUGCCAAAUAAAAUUACUAUACAACUUUCGGAAGAAAUUCCAACUGAAGUACUAAAAACGCCUGAACCAGAAGGUAUUCUUCGGAUUCACGUCGUCCAAGCAAAGCAUCUGCUGAAAAAAGAUAUUGGUGUGUUGGGAAAAGGGAAGUCCGAUCCUUAUGCUGUAAUAACAGUAGGAGCUCAAGAAUUUAGGACCCAAACAAUCGACAAUACAGUGGAUCCUCAGUGGGAUUACUGGUGUGAGAGUGUGAUCGAUUGUGAACAUAGACAAGAAAUCAAUAUAAACGUUUGGGACUGGGAUCCAAGCGUUGCUGGUAUCGUACAUGACUUUCUCGGAAGAGCCACCAUCGAGGUGAGCCGGGUAAAGAAGAAGGGAGUUCUCGAUACGUGGCUAACUUUGGAAUUAGUGAAGCAUGGAAUGGUGCAUCUUCGCCUCUCAUGGCUUGGAUUGUCGUCGAAUCCUGCUGACUUGGCAGCUGCUCUGAAGGAAACUCAAGAAUUGAGAGUUACUUCUAUGAGUAGCGCUAUUUUGAUACUCUACCUUGACUGCGCUAGAAAUCUUCCCUGCUUAAAAGGAAGCAAACAACCCGACGUUUAUUUGGAAGCAACCAUCGAUGGGAAGACCGAACGAACGACAACCCAGCACAGAUCAUGUAAUCCAGUUUGGGAGCAAGGAUUUGUUAUGCUAGUUACCAACCCUGAAACUGGAACUUUGCAUCUGCAGAUCACCGAUGAGAAAACUACUACCGUCGUCGGAGUCCUUACUUAUAAUAUUUCAGCUCUUUUAUCUAUGGAUAAUAUGCAAAUGAAAUGUCAACCAUUCGAUUUACAAAAAAGUGGGCGUGACAGUAAAAUCAUCGUGUCGAUGACUCUCAGGAUUCUGACAAAUGCAGUGCCAGAAGUAACUUCCGACGAUGACGAAGACGAAGACGUUCAAAGUUUGAACAAAAAAAUCCAGCGACAGGAGUCGACUAUUUCAAGCGUUCUUCCAGACAGUCCUCUCAAAAGACACCCAUCAAAAGAAUCGGUCUAUAGUUCAGUAAGCAACGCUACUUCUGCUGCAUUGGAAGACGCAAUGUCAACCAAAGACAACGUUGAAGAUUCCAUUCGAGCGGAAUAUUCUUCAGGUGUAUCAGCGAUUCCUAGAGUUUCGUCUAUUCGAAGUGACUCACCGGGGUUAAUUCGUAGAAAUCCGAGUGUUACAUCAUUCGCCGGUGAAUCGAAACUCGGUAGGCUUCAGUUGACUCUGAAAUAUAGCGCAGCUAGGCAAAAACUCAUGGUCGUCAUUCACAAAAUAGCCAAUUUGCCGUUGCCAGCCAACGACCCGACCAACAUACCAGACCCAUACGUUAAAAUUUAUCUACUUCCCGACCGCCACAAAGAAACAAAACGUAAAACUGCCGUCAAGAAGGAUAAUUGUAACCCAGUUUUCGAUGAACAGUUCGAGUACAUUGUGUCGCAGGGUGAUCUAAACUCACGUGUUCUAGAAUUAUCCGUUUGUACGCAAAAAGGCUGGCUCUCAGCAGGAAGUAAAUGCAUGGGUCAAGUACUUAUAAAUCUGUCUGAGCUGGAUUUCACCCAAGCUACUAGUAGUUGGUACGACUUGAAACCGGAAGGAAAAGACUAGAAAAUAAGAAAGUUUAAAUUAUACUAUUUCUGCAUCGCGUAUUUUUCUGAAAAAUGAUUGCACAUGUCUGAAUAAUGUUUCUUAUUUGUUUUGCUUUUUUCUCUUUUUUUUUUGAAAACUCUGAUUUUCAAUAUAAUUAUGAUACAAGAUAUAUAUAACUUAUAACUGAUUAUUAAAGAUUAUUAAAGAUUGUUUUUUUAAGCUUUGAUAGAAAUGAGACGUUUACAGUUAUAAUUAUAAAAAAUAAUUGUAUCUUUGUUAUAUAACCUUUGAAAAAUUUGAUUGGGAAAAAAUGUUAAAAAAUUUUUACGAUAAUUGAUGUUACAAGAAUAAGUUUGGUUUAUAUUCAAAAAUUUACAAUAAAGCACUUCAUGCUUGUGUCUGACAUUGCCGUCCGAAAUUUAUGAAGUUUAUUGAAUUAUUUAUAUUUGUAGUUAUGUAAACUUUUUUUGGCAAUUGUAAGGUGCUACAUCUUAAUAGAAAUACUAGAUAAUACCUAAUAGCCUUCAUGUGUGAUAAAGAAAGUUUAACAACUUUCAUAACGAACUACUAACUUUCAUAAGUGCUGUGCAAUAUUCUUAGUUCUUAUUACAAUUACGUAAUAUUUGCUUUAUUAUUCAAGUCACAUUUCUAAUAAUAUAGAGUUAAUCGAAUGAUUUUUUUUGAAAAUUUCAAAAUUUGCAAUAGACGAAAACUGUAAGUUUGUAAAAUUAUCUUGCAUUUUUGAAUAUUUAAAAAUUAAAAGUUUGGAAAUAAAACGUGGAUUUAAAAAAUAAUAUAUCAAAUUACGAUUGCAGUCAACAAAAACAUUAUUAGUUGAAAAUAAUUUGAAAUUAUUGAAAAAUUAAACUAAGUUAAGCAAUGAAAACUUUGUUAAAAAAUAAGUUGAUCUAAUGCUAUGUAUUAACGCUAUUGCGAUACUAACUGUGAAUGAAUAUUAUAUUAUAUUUAUACGUGCAUUUUUGCUACAUUCUAUCUAUGUAUAUGAUA